CGUCAUUCUCCGCCGCGGACCCGUGGGCAAGUUCCAACUCCACUUCGACUUCAAAACUCCACCAACGACCUGCCCGACGACUACCUAUUCCCUCAUUUUCCCACGCUGGCUGCAAUCACAAGCAUCAUACACACACCAGCACUACACACACAUAGAAGGCAAUGAAACAACGCUUCUCAACGCUCGACGUCUCGGCGCAGGUCGCAGAACUGCGGCCGAGGCUGGUCGGCUUACGGCUGCAAAACGUCUACGAUGUCACCAACAAGGUCUACCUCCUCAAGUUCUCCCGCCCCGACAACAAAGAGAUGCUGCUCGUCGAAUCGGGCAUCCGGGUGCAUUCCACCGAAUUCGCACGGGACAAGAACUCCACCCCCUCGCAUUUCUGCAUGAAGUUGCGCAAACACCUGCGCACCCGGCGGUUGACGGGUCUGGACCAGUUGGGUGCGGACCGGGUGAUGGAUCUGCGAUUUGGCGAGGGCGAGCAUGCGUACCAUUUGUUGCUCGAAUUUUAUGCGUCGGGGAAUGUGAUCUUGACGGAUUGGGAGUAUCGGAUUUUGGCGCUGUUGAGGGUGGUGGAGAUUGAGGGUGCGGCGGCGGGAGGUGCCGAUGGGGCUGCGGCUGCGAUUACGGCUGCAGCGGCGACUGCUAGUGGUCCGGCGGAUGCGGCUACGGGUGAAAAGACGGAAGGCGAUACGAAGUUUGCGGUUGGAGAAAUUUACGAUACGACCCGCAUCAGAGAAUUUGAGGUAAUUACGGAGGAAAAGAUCAGAGCUGUGCUGGAGAGCGCCGUCACGGAAGCAGCUGCUGGUGCUUCGCAAAAGCAGACAGCCGAAGAUUCGAACAGCGCGUCAGCGGAAGACGCACAGAAACGGAAAGGAGGGAAAGGUGGAAAAGCGGGAGGAAAAGGGAAAACUGCCGGCGGAGGUGGCGGCGGAGGGUUCAAGAGCGCGAAAGACAAGAAGGCGAAUGAUCUGACGCUGAGGAGAGUCAUUCGCGACAAGCUGGGGCACGAUUAUGGACCGGCGUUGGUGGAGCAUUGCAUCUUGCGCUCCGAAUUGGACGCAUCUAUGAAAGUAACGGCCGAACUCGACUUGUCCUCAACAUCACACGUAGUUCAGGCACUGUUGAGAGCGUUCCGAGAAGGCGACGCAAUCGUAAAAUCUUGCAUGGAUUCCCCACAAAAGGGGUGGAUCACAGUGAAACAGAUGCAAACUGCCGCCAAACCCUCCGCCGGCGCCGCGGAGACCGCCGAAAAUACACAAUCCUCAUUCGUGGCAUACAACGAAUUCCACCCCUUCCUCUUCCAACAAUUCGCCACCAGUUCCGAAACCGAUCCACACGCAGACCCACCGGCGAUUGAAUACCCCAGCUUCGACAAAUGCGUCGACGAGUUCUUCUCCAAGCUCGAAGCCCAGAAACUCGAAAUGCGGGCUCGCCAAGCAGAACUGAACGCCAUCAAGAAGCUCGACAGCGUCAAAGCCGGACACAUGAACCAGGUCCGCGGGUUGGUGACCAUGCAGGAGCAGAGCGCAAAAGUUGCUCAGACGAUUGAGGCCAAUCUGGCGCUGAUCGAGAGUUUGAUCAAUACUGUCCGAAGUUUCAUUGCGUCGGGUAUGGAUUGGGGCGAUUUGGAGGAACUUGUCAAGGAGGAGAAGAAGAAUGGGAACCCAGUAGCGAGCGUCAUUUCGAAGUUGAAGUUGGAUGUGGGGAUGGUGAAUAUACGCCUGAGGGACGCUACGGAGGAAGAUAGCGAUGACGACGAGGAUGACGCGACGGAGACAGAGUCAGAGGACGAGAGCGGUAGUGAAGAUGAUGAGAACAUGAAUUCAUCUCAUCGCAAGAAGCGCGACCAGCCAAAGCAAAAGAAACCCCAACCAACUUUCCUCUCCAUUGACAUUGACAUCUACGCCUCCGCCUAUGCCAAUGCUCGCCGCUACUACGACACCAAAAAAGUCGCAGCCGUUAAACAGGACAAGACCCUGCAAGCCGCCUCCAAAGCUCUCAAAUCCGCCGAACGCAAGAUCGAAACGGAGCUCAAAACCACGCAGAAAGCCGCGCCGGCCGCUAUCACCAAGAUGCGCAAACCCUUCUGGUUCGAAAAAUUCCUCUGGUUCAUCUCCUCCGAGAACUACCUGGUCGUCGGUGGCCGCGACGCCGGCCAGAACGAACUGCUGGUUAGACGAUACCUCGGCAAAGGCGACAUCUACGUCCACGCCGACCUCCACGGCGCCGCCAGCGUCAUCGUCAAAAACGUCACGGACCCGGACGCGCCCGCCAUGAUCCCGCCCACCACCCUCCACCAAGCAGGAACAAUGUCCGUCUGCCAGUCGCGCGCAUGGGACACGAAGAUCGUCACGUCCGCGUGGUGGGUCGAGGCGGGCCAGGUCAGCAAGACGGCGCCGACGGGGGAGUACCUGACCACGGGCAGUUUUAUGAUUAGAGGCAAGAAGAAUUGGUUGCCGCCGGUGCAGCUGGUGUAUGGGUUUGGGCUGCUGUUUAGGGUGGAUGACAGUUCGGCGGGACGGCAUUAUUGGGAAAGGAGGCCGUGGAGAGGGGAUGCGGCGGGUGGGGGUGUCGUUGAGGCUGGGGGGGAGAAGGAGAUGGAGUCUAAUGAAAGUCUCGUGGAGGACGUUGAGCUCGACGAUGCUGAGGGCAACGAUGACGCAGCAGCUCAAGACAACGAAGGGGCUGAUGGCGAGGACGAUGCCGAGGCGGAGCCCGCUACCGCCCGAGAGGAUCAAGCCGGCGAUGAUGAGGCAAAUGGGGGCGCCUCUGGGUCCGGCUCCGAAUCCAGUGACAACGAAGAUGCAGACGACAUUGCUGCCGAUCCAUCCGUCAGCACACCUCCCCUUCCCACCGACACGAGCAUCAACACUCCCGUUAUUGUCUCAACCGACGACAAAUACGGGCUCGCAGAGCUCAACCAAGACAACUCCGACGACGACGAUUUACAAGGCGGGAUCGCUGACAUUCUCCGUCCCAACCCGGCCGGCCCUGUCGUGACGAAGAAGCGGCUGACGGCGAAAGAGCGGCGUGAUUUGAAGAAACAGAAGGCUGGUGGUGGUGUGGAUGACGGGUCUGUUGACUCGCGGGACGAUAAGGUCACACCUGCUCCUCAGCGAUCAAAUGGGAAAGAUGCCGAUGCACUGGCUAAAGGCAAGGGCAAGAACAGGAACAAGGGAGCGGAUCAACCCGCACAACAACAGCAGCCACAACAGCAACAAGUCCGCGGAAAACGCGGCAAGAUAAAGAAACUGAAAUCGAAAUACGCGGAUCAGGACGAGGAGGAUCGCGAGAUGAUGUUGGAGUUGUUGGGGAGUCGUGGGCCCGCGGGGACUAAAGCUGCGGAAGAGGGUCGGCCGACUUCGGCGGCGGUUGGGGAAGGGAAGAAGGGAAAGGGUGGACGACAGCAGGAGGCUGUGAAGGUGAAGGGCGGGAAGCAGCCGCAGCAACCACAGCAGGUUGCAGUAACGGAAAAGCAGCAGUCCGGGACCGUCACGCAAACCAGAAACGGCAUCGCCACACCCGAGUCCACCACACCCACGGAACAACAAACCGCAGCAGCACACGCAGAUCUUACCCGCCGCAACUCAACAAGCACCGCCGCCGACUCUCUCGAAAUUACCCGUCUCCUAGCCGAAGAAAACAUCUCCUACAUCUCCGAAACCGCCACCUUCCUCGACACCCUCACCGGCCAACCCCACCCCUCCGACAUUCUCCUCCACGCCAUCCCCGUCUGUGCGCCUUGGAGUGCAUUGCAGAAAUACGCGUAUAAGGCGAAAUUGAUGCCUGGGGGUUUGAAGAAGGGGAAGGCGGUCAAGAGCCUUGUUAGUGCGUUUGUGGGUGUUGCGGAGGGGAGGGGGAGGGUUGCGGAAGGGAAAAUCGCGGGGAGGAAGAUACCUCCGGUGGCUGUACCGCCUGUGAACGGAACGAACGGGGAUGAAAAUCCGUCCCCGGCCACGCUACCCACCACCGCCGCAGCCGAAGAAACAACGAACGAGGAAAUCGACAGUGCGAAACGACAAAAGGAGCUGAUCAGAGCGAUUCCGGAGAUGGAGAUGAUGAAUGCGCUGCUGGGCAAGGUGAAGGUUGUGCUUACGCAGGCGGAUGCGGCUGCUGCUGGUGGAGCUGCCGGAGGUGGGAAGGGUGGGAAGGGGAAGGGUGGGAGGAGGAAGUGAUGGGCCAUGUAACUUUAUAGCUUCCGCCUGUAGAAUAUCAUUUCUGUUACUGGGUCUUCAUAGUUUUGGAUCCCGCAUACACAUAAACGUUAGAAUACUUUCGAAUAGACUUCUUUUAUGUCAU